AUGCGCACUAUGUUUAACAAGAUCAAGAAACCAGUGUCAUUGAAUUCAGUUUCCAAUGUCAUUAAAGGAUCUAAAGAUGAUUUAACUCCGCCUUUAAACCAUAAGAAUUUAUCCAUUGAAAUGAUAAGUCAAUAUGGUUUGCCUCAAAAUUCCAUUUUAGCUAUGGAUUACGAUGCUACUCAAUCUUUACUCGCAAUCUCCACUAAGAACGAGAUCAGAGUAAUCGGUCAAAGUACUGUUGAAGUAGUUUUUGAAUUGAAUUCACCUACGCCAAUCACAUGGUUGAAGUUCGUUAAGGGGAUCUAUCUUGUUGCUAUAUCUUCUAAUUCCAAUAUCACCAUUUUAUCCCUUCAUUCAAAAAAGAUUUUAGCUAGUUUACUGCCUCCAGGAACAGUUGCUUGCAUUGAACUGGAUCCUUCAUUAGAUUGGUUGAUUAUAGGUCUUAAUAAUGGUAGUUUAUCCUUCUUAGAUGUUGAUAGAUUACAUUUAGCUCCUUUAAGAGUUGAUAACUUACAGAAGAAAGUAUUACCUAAAGAAAAAUUAUCUCCAGUAUUAAACAUUGAAUGGCAUCCAAGAGAUAUCGGAACUAUUCUUGUAACUUACAGCCAUUGUGCCAUUUUGUAUUCUUUAACUACAGGUGAAAUCAAAGCUUCUUUUGUGUAUCAUCUCACUAAGGGAUGUAAAGGAUUUGAUUGGAGUUUAAAUUUUGCCAAUAAUGGGAAGAAGAAGAUGUUUGGAAGUCAAAAGGAGGUUAUUUCGGAAAUUCUGGAAAGUCAUUUCCAUCCUAAUGGUUUACAUAUUGUGACCGUUCAUAGAGAUAAUUCUUUGGUGUUUUGGGAUGCUACAGGAGAAUUAUUACAAGCCAGAACUCUUUUUGAUUUGGAUUUACAUAAACCUGGUCAACCUGUGAAUUAUUCAUUAGAACUGUUCAUACCCAUCAAUAGAGUGAAAUGGAUUUGUGGAUCUGAUCCUGAAUUAACGAAAUUAAUUAUCAUUGGAGGUAAUGAAGCUAAUAUGAUUUAUAUUUUUGAUUUCGGGUUCACUUUGAAAUAUUCUUUGACGUCUUAUGAUAAACAAAGUGAGUUUUAUAGCAAACCUCAGAAUGGGUUUAAAAACAUACCCAUUGAAUUUUAUGAAAAUCGUUCCAAUUACCAUGAAUUUUUGGUAGAUAUUUUGACCAUAACUGAUCAACCUUACUUCAAUGGUGGUUUUAAUCCGAGUUAUUUCAUUGUGAAAUCAAAUUUACAGAAUAUUUAUUUGAUACCUUUGGAAGGUGAUUUAGGGAAAGUACUUUUACCUCCAUCAAUUGCCUUCAUUCAUCCUCCUGUCACCUAUUCUAACAUUGAAAGUAUUAAAAGAAUCGAUUGGUAUAGUGUACAGAGUUCUAGAAUUUCCUCUGGAGUCCAAGCCAAGACAGAAUUGUUACUAAAAGGAGGUGCUGCUGUCAAUGAAAGUUUUGUCAAACCCAUGGGGAAUAAUGAUACUUUCAAGAAGAUUUUAAUCACUGGUCACCAAAAAGGGAUUGUUAGAUUACUAGAUAUCACUCGUGGUGAGGUUAAUGAACAAGAAGGAUUGAUCCAAAUCAGUUUGAAGGAGACUUUGGUAUCUAAUACUCCCGAUGAUUUGAACAUCGUAAGUGUUUCUUGUGGUUUCGAAGCAAGAGAUGUGGUCAUCGGAUUAGGUAAUGGUAAUUUAGUGUUCUGUAAAUUCGGCAAAGUCAAUGCUCCAAGACAACCAAAUCCUCCAGAUUAUUUAGCUUGUCCUACUCAACAUGCUAAUAAUGAUGUGAAGAUUCUCAAUAUAAGAGAUAGAAUCAGAGGAAGUUUUGCUUCAAGUUCAACUUUCUUACCCUCAUUCUUGAUGACUUUACAAACUCCAGAUAAGAUAACUAGUUUGAAAACUUGUAAUAUUGGUUUUGUAGCAGCUGGGUAUAAAUCAGGUAAGUUGGUGGUUUGCGAUAUCGGUAGAGGUCCAGCUGUUAUUUACAACAUUGAAAAUAUCGUAUCCCUAGUUCCUACUGCAAGCAAAUGUCAUGCUACCUCAAUCGAAUUCUCUAUCAUGGAAUAUGGAAAUGAAGGUUAUUCAUCCAUUUUGAUGAUUGUCGGUACUAAUGAAGGUGGUAAUCUUUUAUAUUUCAAAAUCUUACCUCAACUGAAUGGUGGUUUUGAUGUGGUGUUUGUUGAUAAGACCAUCAAAUUGAAUUACAAGUCCACUGAAGAUACUUGUAUCAAGCAAAUCAUUCCUAUUAACUCCAAGACCGGUCAAUUGACCACACCUUCUAUGGAAAUCUUCAAUAAAUUAAGCAGGGGAAUUGUUAUCCCAGGGUAUGUUUUAACUUGCUCAGAUAAAGAUUUAAGAAUCUUGAAACCUCCAAAACAAAAACUUAGUCAUAAAGUUGUAGAUGAAUUUAUUUGCGAUUUUGGGAUCAUUAACACCGGUGAUAAAGGUGUUUUAUUGAGUAGUGUUUUGAGAAAUGGGUUUGUUAAAUUCAGUUCUUUACCUUCAUUAUCCGAUAUCGUAGAUUAUAGAUUAUCCAAAGAUUUGAUCAAAAGUUAUGAUUUUGCUAAUAUUUCUCAAGCUAAAAUCUUACCUACUGGUGAGAUUUAUAUUAAAUUUGGUACAGAGUUCAUUAACUUAUCAACACUUUAUGAUUCCAAGGUCAAGCAAAAGGAUUCAGUAGACUUAUUAUUCAAUGAGAAUGCUGUGAUUCCUCCACGUCCGGUUAUGAGUGCAUUACAAUGGGCUAAGGGUAAUAGCGCUAUUACCACUGAAGAUUUGAAUUUACUUAUAGCUGGACCUAAUAGAAAACCACCAAAAACUCAAGAAAGUCAGUUAGCUCAUAACAUUAGUCCUGAGGCCAAUCCUCAAAAUACUUAUGGCUAUAAUUAUGGCAACGGCAACAAUUCCAGCUCUUCGCUCGGUGAAACUAAAGGUUAUAAAGAACCAGUGAGAAAAGGAGCUCAAGGAAAAGCCAAUUUCGGUACUUCAGGAUUUAUGAGAUCUUUAAGAGAUGGAAUAGACACUGUUGAAGAAACAUUCAAUGGAUAUGCCAAUGAUAUGAGUGAAUCCAUGAAUGAUACUCUCGACGGUCAGAAGAAAGCCAUGUAUUCUUCGGCUUUCAAAAGUAAAUUUGGUUUCUAA